AUGAGUGCUCGUUUUCGUGUGCGCAAGCUGGAUCUCCUGUCAACAUCCUCGAAGAUGAAAACUGCGACGAAUGCGGUGGCCUUGUCCUUAUUUCUACCAGAAGCGACCAUGGACGAAGUCCGGGACCUGGUGUUCCACUGUGGUAUUGAAAACCGUGGUAUGAACUGCAAAUAUGUCUGGGUCUGGGAGAUUCCGAGAUUUGUCAUGCUAGUCUGGCAUGACUCUAAACUCUGUAUUGCGUGUCAACGAAGAGUUCCCCUUGUCUGUCAUGCAAAAACGCAGUUUCUCAUGCGGAGUACGCAACUCUGAACUACGGAAAAACUUGUCAUGCUGGGGAGCGCAUUACAGGGUGCUUAAUAUUCCCUUCCUUGCAUCACAAAUUUCCAGACCCAGACGUAUUUGCAUUGCAUACGUGGUCCGGCGCCGUCACCUCCCAGCACGGUUAAGAAUGGUCCGACGGUCCUCGUCCCAGGCGAUCAAGAAUCUCCAUCUCGCGUUUUCUAUCCAAGAAAAAAACGUUGUUAGUGUAAAUUUGUGGUGCGCAACAUGCAAGAUGAUUGCGUCUGUCAUGCUUGGCGUGCGUCGUAGGGUCCAUUAAAGGGCGUUUUCGCGUACUAUUUGCGCUUGACAGGUUUUUGCUGUCAUGCCAGACAAAUUUGUAAUGCUGUUCCUCCAAAAAAGUUACACCUACAAUGUUUUUUUCUUGGAUAUUUUUCGUGCCAGCAGCACUGGUCCUCGUGCGACCGCGGCGAAUAAAGACAGUCUAGGAGAAAAAUUCGUUGAGCCUGCCAUGCAGCGUUCCCGGACCGGAAUUAUAUCGGCGAAGACGUGUGCAUCUUCUUCUAAAGCUUUGUGGAGUAAGACUGUCCGUAAUUGUUCCACUUCCGGUCGUGGUCCACCAGCUAUGACGAGCCAAGAUUUCGAUUUCUUCGCGCUGUGUUUUGACGGGUCAACCCUGCCUUCCAGCCAAAUUUUGGCGACGAAGAUGCGCGACGCGGCAAACGCCGGGCCGGCCUUGG